AUGGGCAUUGCAUACAAUAGACAUCGUUUCGUCAUACUCGCUAUCGGAUUGAUGUGCUUGACUAGCAUCUGUUCUAACUACAUAAUUAUCAAUUUCACUUUCAUCUGCAUGAAGGAAGACAUGUCUGAGGUCGUUGAUACAGGGAAUGGAACUCUCAAAAGCAUCUAUGACUAUACCCAGCAAGAAAAAAGCUCGAUCAUUUGGGCUGUGGCUAUCGGAACCAUUAUUGGGACUUUCCCAAUAAACUAUCUCUACAUAAAAUAUGGAGCAAGGUACCCAUUUUUGGUUGCGGGAAUCAUGUCAACGAUUUCUACUCUUCUAAUUCCCGAAGCAGCUCGACUGGGAAUCCCAGUCCUGCUCGCAGUACGCUUUCUUCAGGGAUUGGCUUAUUCAGCAGAUUUUGCUGCCAUUGGUUUGGUUUGUGUUCGAUGGGCUCCAUUAUCCGAAUUAGCUAUCUACAUCGGUAUACUCACUUCCUUCACACCGAUUUCAGCCAUUGUCACAAAUGCAGCAACUGGACUAUUAUGCAGCUCACCACUAGGAUGGAAAUCUUCCUAUUAUCUACAUGGAGCCUUUGGCGCAUUAGCAUUCUUUCUAUGGUUUUUGUACUACUCAGAUAAACCAGAAAUAUGUAAAAGUGUGUCGAAGAAAGAGCUCAGGCAUAUUCAGAAAGACAAAAGUGCAGAACACAUCGAACACAAAAGUGAUGUUCCAUACAAGAAGCUGCUGACAAGCCCAGCCAUUCUCAGCGUUUGGUUCAAUGCUUUCUGCGAAAUGUCGGCGAUGAUUUUGCUAUCAACUUAUUCACCUACCUACUUCCGUCAUGUUUUUGGAUUCAAAGUAGAAACUACGGGUUUCCUUGUAUCGCUCACUACUAUAGCUCAGCUGCCGGUCAAGUUAAUAUGUGGUCUAGCAAGUGAUCGCAUCAAAUUUCUCUCAGAAAAAGUCAAAAUGAACAUUUUCAACACAUUGGCAGUUGGAGUCGUUGGAGCGAUGUUUUGUUUUGUUGGCUAUAUCCCCUUGGACUUCAAAUGGUAUGCUGUGGUGAUUUUCUCCCUCAUUCAUACUCUAAGCAGUUGCAAUUGUGGUGGAUUCUAUAAAUGUGGAACAUUUGUAGCAAGACAACAUGCUCAUGUGGUUAUAGCUACAAUUCAGUUUAUGAAGUGCAUAGCUCUAUUUACGGCACCGGCACUUGUAAAUGCUUUUGUUGAAGACGAUUCGAACAAAGGGCAAUGGGCAACAGUGUUCCUUGUCUGUGGUAUCGUCAUGAUUAUAGCUAACUUCCUGUCAUUCCCGGUUUUCACGGAUCAAGCUGCAGAAUGGACGAAUUCGAAAGCAAAAAUAAAUGAAGAAAAAGUUGAAAUGAAAGAGAAAGAAUGACAAAUAACGUUGUCGCAGUCGCCUUACUUGGUGUCUACUUACACCGCCUAUUUCUUACCCUUCAAACAAAGCUAUCAGAAAUCCAAGAAUAAUAAUAAACGAUUGCGAUCA